AUGGGAGCCCCAAGAGCCUGCCUAAUCUUCAUCACGAUCCAACUGGUAUCCCUGGCCUACGCGCAAGAAGUCUCCAAGCGCGUGCCGCAAGGCUUCCUCGGGAUGCGUGGGAAGAAAUACUUCGAGGACGAUGGCACCGAACAAUUUUACAAACGAAAACCUCAGUUCUUCGUCGGAGUUAAAGGGAAAAAGAGCCUUCAGGACAUACUUGAAGCCCCGGAGGAAUAUUACAAGCGAGCUCCAAUGGGCUUCCUAGGAAUGAGAGGCAAGAAAGAGCAGAAAUUCCCAGACUUCCAAAGCAAUGAACUGUACCUCAAAAGAGAUGGCUCCCUCAUAGGUCAGAUAGACUACUCCUCAAACGAGAACCCCACCGUCUCCGACUUCCCUCUGCUGAACGAACUACUCCUCCACUACAUCUCGCAGGUCAACCUCCCCUCCAACAUACCCUCGGAGUCAUCAGAAUCUGAUGUUGACCAAUCGACUAAUGAAAUUGAGAAGCGAGCGGCGAACAUGCACCAGUUCUACGGCGUGAGAGGAAAGAAAUCCCUAAACAACUUGAGCUUCCGCGGCAAAUUCAUCGGCGUCAGGGGCAAGAAAGACUUGAAAAACAGUGGCCCUCAUGAAAUUAAAUUCCUGGUCGACCAAAACGGACCCCUGCCUAAGAGAAAGGCUCAGAUGGGCUUUUUCGGAAUGCGAGGCAAGAAGUGGGCUGAAGGUUAG